GGUUACUUUUUUUUCUACUGGUUGAGCUUGCCCAAUCGCCAGCGGGCUCUGGAUUGUUGCACUGUAGACCACCUGGAGCCCCUCUCGGUUUGCUUGAGACUUCAGGAGAGCGGAGCGCAGGUUGAGGAUCGCGGCCAGGAUGGCUCUACGCUCUGCGCCCUUCCUGCUCCUGGUGUUGGUGGCGGUUGCCCUACGAGAGAGCUGCUUUGGCGCCUCCUCCCACUCCCUGAAGUAUUUUCUCAGCUCCAUCUCGGACCCCAGUCAGGGGCUGCCCCACUUUGUCUCUACGGGGUUUGUGGAUGGUCAAAUCUUAGAUCACUAUGACAGCCACACCCGGAAAGUGCAGCCUCGAGUCUCCUGGAUGGAGAAGUUUGGGAAGGAGGAUCCCCAGUACUGGGACAGAGAGACCCAGAAGGCACGUGGCAAUGAGGAGAUGUUCAGAAGAAGCCUGGAGAUUCUGAGGAGUCGCUACAAUCAGAGCGAAGGACUUCACAUAAUACAGGUGAUGUAUGGCUGUGAGCUCCGGAGAGACGGGAGCAAAGGAGGGUUUAACCAGCAUGGCUACGAUGGGAGGACCUUCCUCACCUUUGACAAGGAGACCCUCACCUGGGUGGCUCCCGAUCCUCUGGCCCAGAUCACCCAGAGGAAAUGGGAUGCUAUUCCAGGAAAGAAUCAGAGACAUAAGGCCUACCUGGAGGAAAUCUGCAUUGAGUGGCUGGAGAAGCACCUGUCCUAUGGGAAUGAGACCCUACUCAGGAGAGAGCCUCCGAUGGUGACGAUGAGCAGCAGAUCAGAGACUGAGGAUGGGAUGGAGACGCAUGUCUGCCGUGUGGAUGGUUUCUACCCGAGGGAGAUCGAUGCUUCCUGGAGGAGGGAUGGGGAGGUCUGGCUGGAUGACACUCUCCGCGGGUUUCUGGCCCCCAAUGCGGAUGGGACCUACCACUACUGGCUCAGCAUCCAGAUCGAUCCCAAAGAGAGGGACCGCUAUCGAUGCCACGUGGAGCACGACAGCCUGCAGGAGCCUCUGGAUGUGGCCCUGAAGGAACCAACCAAUUCAAAAUCCAAUCUCGGGCUCAUCAUCGGCUGCGUUGUGGCUGCUCUUGUCCUGGUGGGUGUGAUUGCUGGGAUCCUCCUGGUAUUCUUCAAAAGACGUCAAGAUGACUACAAUGCAGCACCAAGCGCCUCCUCCCACUCCAUGAAGUUUUUCUCCACCGGCAUCUCGGAGCCCAGUCAGGGGCAGCCCCACUUUGUCAUUGUGGGGUACGUGGACGGUCAGGUCUUUGUUCACUACGACAGCCACACCCGGAAAGUGCAGCCUCGAGUCUCCUGGAUGGAGAAGGUGGGGAAGGAGGAUCCCCAGUAUUGGGACAGAGAGAGUCGGAAACAAUGGAAUGUUGAGGAGACGUUAAGAGAAAACCUGGAGAACCUGAGGAGUCGCUACAAUCAGAGCGAAGGCUUUCACACAUGGCAGUGGAUGUAUGGCUGUGAGUUCCAGCGAGAGGGAAGCAAAAGAGGGUUUGCGCAGUAUGGAUAUGAUGGGAGGACCUUCAUCACCUUCGACAAGGAGACCCCCACCUGGGUAGCUCCCGAUCCCCUGGCCCAAAUCACCCAGAGGAAAUGGAAUGAUAUUCCAGGAGAGAAUGAGAGGUUUAAGUCCUACCUCGAGAAUAUCUGCAUUGAGUGGCUGGAGAAGUACCUGUCCUAUGGGAAUGAGACACUGCUCAGGAGAGAGCCUCCGAUGGUGACGAUGAGCAGCAGAUCAGAGACUGAGGAUGGGAUGGAGACGCAUGUCUGCCGUGUGGAUGGCUUCUACCCAAGGGAGAUCGAUGCUUCCUGGAAGAGGGACGGGGAGGAAUGGCUGGUUGACACCCACCAUGGGUUUCUGGCCCCCAACGCGGAUGGGACCUACCACUACUGGCUCAGCAUCCAGAUCGAUCCCAAAGAGAGGGACCGCUAUCGGUGCCACGUGGAGCACGACAGCCUGCAGGAACCUCUGGACUUGGAACUGAAGGAACCAACCAAUUCAAAAUCCAAUCUCGGGCUCAUCAUCGGCUGCGUUGUGGCUGCUCUUGUCCUGGUGGGUGUGAUUGCUGGGAUCCUGGUAUUCUUCAGAAGACGUCAAGAUGACUACAAUGCAGCACCAAGGAGGAACCAGGCCAUUUAGCAGCCUCCUCGCAGCACGAGUGGACAGUCCCAGCAUGAGGAGAGAGGAGAGAAGAUGGGACCAACCUUCUCCUGAAUUAGGCCGGACUCUCAGGCCCAUCCUGCAUGCUUGGAACCAGGAUGCAUUUGGGGUCUUUUAUCAUCGCUUUUAUCAUUGGAUCAGUAACCUUUUGUAUUAGGAUUGAGAGACGGAGGAGAAAAGAACAUCUUACGUGUUUAUAAUUGUGGAAUCAAAAGGAUUCAAACUGGAAUUAGUAGAUAUUAUUUUAUUUUUUAUUUAUUUGUAUCCUGCUGAAGGCAUUGAAGAUAUCUAACACACUUUCUCCUCCUAUUUCCCCCACAACAACCACCCUGGGAAGUGGGUUGGGAUGAGAGAGAAUGACUGGCCCACCCAAGCCGUCUUUCGUGGCUAAGGCGGGAUUUAAACUCACAGUCUCUUUCUAGCCUGGUAACCACUACAGCAAAUUGUCUUGUGUAGCUUGUAAAUAGCUUUGUAAUAUAGCUUUUAGCAACUACGUUGUUAUUUUUGGUGACCUUUAAUAAGCUUCUGCUGAUUAACAGGUUUUAGAGAAGGGCCCAUAGCGAAUGGAGUGAGGAAUAGAAUGCAGAGGUUUACUUUAAGGAAGAGUGAUAAACUGUUAAUCUCCAUCAUAAUUGCUUGGAUUUAAAGUGGAGGUUUUUUUCUCUCUCUUAUUGUUCUUUGUAUAAGUUGUAUAAUGAAUAGUAUGUACCAUGUACUGCCAUUUAUGGAUUUUCACAGUUUAGGAAAAUGAAACAGAAACCUUCCCCCAUCAGGAUGUGCUGAACGGACAUAAUUUUUUACUGCUGCCAACGAACAGCUGAUUUUGCCACCAAAACUGGUUAUUUGGUGGCUUUGCUCCCUGUUUUUUAAAGGGGUGACUAGGAGCAACCCAAGAUGAUCUUCGGACAAUCAUGCACAGACAGAGAAGAGAGGGGGCUGGAUGCCUGCAGUUCUUGGUAAGGAGUGAACAGAAGGUCUAAUCUCUUGCCAUCCUUUCCCUUCAGCUGCUCAGCUUUCUUAAGCGCACCUGGGUUUUAACUGCACCUUCUGAAGCUUUACAAUCUCUUGAUUUAUGACUAGUUCACUUCUGACCCUUUUUUACAACCUGGACUUUUACAACUUUUUUUUUCUCCUCUUUCAUUGUUUACCAUUAAAUUCAAAUUAUUAUUUUUUUAAUAGUAAGAAAGUUGCAAUGGACUUUAGGCUUACAUUUACACAGUAUUAUACUAUAAACCUUGCUCUUUCUAGCUUUUUUCUUUCUUUCUUUUUAAGAGCCUCGAUAUUUAACUCUUAAUUUUUUAUGGAAAAAUUCCCUCCUUUUUAACCCUGGGGGGUGGGAAUCCUUUUCCCCUGUGGAAGCUGUUGCUUAUCUGCUUCUCUUGUCCUUGGAGAGAAAACAAAAAGUGUUUUUCAUGUCUUCCAAAGGUGAUAAAUUAUUUGAGGGGACACCGGAAAAAAGAAUGCUCUCCAACGUACAGAUUUUAUUUGAAAAUAUAAACACAAAAAAUUCCAGGGGUCAAAAACGGUUGUGGAAAAUCAAGGCGAUAUGCAAAAGCAGGAAAUAUCAGCUGGACCUGAUUUGCAAUUUGAAGAAUUGGUGUUUAAUUGGUCACUGUCACCCCCAAAGAAGUACUUGGUUUGUCAGAAAAGAUAAAAAACAUUAUGAAUAGAAGAAACUCUUGAGAUAACAGAUAUGACGAAGGAUGGACUGGAUUUUCCUGGCAAGAGGAAUGCUGUGUUGUUGAGGAGAAUUAUUUAACAAUGAAUCUGGCAGAGAUAGUUGCAACAGAGACUUAUGAACUGCAAUUGUUGGUAAAGUUUCUAAUUAAAAACCUAAGGAAAAGUUUCACAAUUAAGAACCAAAACACAAGUAUUUAACACUGGACUCAGAGAUAACGAUGGAAGCGGUUUGUGAGAAAUAAGAAAUUGGGUAGACUUUCUAUGAAUAAAUUAUAAUAACAGAC